AAGAUGCCCAUUGGUCUGUGGUAGUAGGUUAAACUGAGGAUCGUAUUUUUGUUCCUGUGUCAACGAAAAGAAGAAAAGAUCCGGAGCCAGUGAGACCUGGCUAAGUUUUCAUCAAAGAUAGUUUUUUUCAAACAUUACGUAAAAGUCUCCACAUAUCUGACACCAGCCAGACAUCCACCGCCUUAGCAGAACUUCUUUUGAAGAUGAACUCCAAUGUGGAGAAUUUGCCUCCUCAUGUUCUUCGCUUGGUCUACAAAGAGGUUUCAGCUUUAGCAGCAGACCCGCCUGAGGGUAUCAAGAUUUAUCCCAGUGAGGAAGACAUAACUGAACUGCAUACAGCCAUCGAAGGACCAGAGGGAACUCCAUUUGCUGGUGGCGUUUUCCGAAUGCGUCUGGUCCUCGGGAAGGACUUCCCUGCGGUUCCACCCAAGGGGUAUUUCCUGACCAAGAUUUUUCACCCCAACGUGGGUCACAAGGGAGAGAUCUGUGUCAACGUGUUGAAGAGGGACUGGAAGGCAGAACUCGGCCUCAGACAUGUCUUACUUACGAUCAAGUGUCUUCUCAUCCAUCCGAACCCAGAGUCAGCUCUGAACGAAGAGGCCGGGCGUUUGCUGUUAGAGGACUAUGCAGAAUAUGAGUCCCGAGCUCGUCUGCUCACAGAGAUCCACGCCAUGGGCGGGCCCGGCGGGACCUCAGGGGCACCUCAGGACCCUAAUGACGGCCCACAGCCGAAGAAGCACGCAGGUGACCCCACAAAGAGAGCGGGACCCAGUGCAGCAGCUGUGCCGGCAGCUCUGGGUAAUGGAGCUAAUGGAGCCAGUACCACCACCAGCAAUAGCAACAGUAGUAGUAGCACCAAUAAUGUAGCAGGGAAAAAGAAAGCAGAUAAAAAACGUGCAUUGAGGCGACUUUAAUACCUCAGUGAAAUUCUGUGUGUGUGUGUGUGUGUGUGUGUGUGUGUGUGUGUGUGUGUGUGUGUGUGAGCGAGCGCGAGAGUGUGUAAAUAUAAAUAUUGAAGUGUGCUGACAAUGUUUUUGUUCCCUUUUUUUCUGACUCUUUCUACCACCUAUCCAGACUGUUCACUUUGUACUCAUACCUUACCUUCUGUUUUGCCACCAGUUUGUCCUGUUGGCAUUACAGACUUGUUAAUUAUUUCCAUACCUAAAGACAUGAAGACAAAUGUUUGUUCCUCUUUUAAAGGAAAGAUUACACCUUCACUGCAGAAAUCAUGCCAUCAGUUGUAUUUUGCUCUUGGCCUAGUGUGAAUGAAUGAUACAGGGAAUGGCUUUCACUGUGCAAAACUUCACCUCUAAUGUCGGUCCACUAAUGCGACCUAACCACUAUUGUCUCAGACUUGAUAUAAGCUCUUUUUAAAGUAUUUCUUGGUAAAUGCUGCUGUGAUGGUACUGUGUACUGCUCAGCCAGACUCACUCCUGAGUCUAAACCAGGAUGUUACUAUUAUAAAAAAAAAGUCAGGUUUUCAAAUUGAGGUCAAAUGAAAUAAUGGUAGAAGUUGCUAAAUAAUUAUGCAAGAUGUCAGUGGGUUCACUAUUGGGAGAGAAAUGUUGUUAAUGUCACGCAAAACAGUACCAUCUUUUUAAAUUGUAUUUGUUUUUUCAUAUUGUGAUCUGAAUGAAGUAAAGGUAUGGAAAGAGUUAGCAGUGAGUAUAAGAAGUCUGUUAUGUUCUUCAUGGAGUCUCAACCCCCUUUUUUUUUAAAUUUUUUGUUUGUUUUUCUAAAAUUGUUUCACUGUCCAGUAUUUUCAAAAGUUUAUAAUAGACAUGUUCAUAUUCAGCUGUCUUGUGGUUGUGUGUGAAGACCUAGAUCAGUGGCUUUAAGGGAACAGGGUAGGUUGCCAGACUACUUUAAAUUUUUUUUUUUUUUUUUAAAUCGUCUAUUCUCUGUAUUGAGCAUACAGUGGUGAGAAUCGUUUAAACUACCCCUGCUUUCCUACAAAGCAGUGUGUGCUCUCACAUACCCAUCUCUCCGACUAGCCACGUGGGUGCCUGAGAAGACAUCAGUAGGAAAACUUUCCACGUUUGAUUGAGAUGAGAAUUUGUCUCCCGACCCGUUGCACUGGCGGGGUUUCCUGGGCAGGUUUUCUCUCUGUUCUAAAUGCAUGCGGGGCCUACAUUUCCCAAGGAAACACACUGAAGCGCUGUGUUAAUUUGGAUGGAAAAGGUGCCUCUGAAACUCCUGUCAUUGUGCAGACUGUUGGCUGGAUAUUUUGUGUCCAUUUUAAAUUAUUUAAAUUAAUAAAUCAUUGAAAUACGAGAAGUGACAUGAAAAA